AUGGCUGUCGAUCAGAAGCUGGAGGAGCUGAUGGGACUGCUUGGUGACUUUGGCCGGUACCAAGCAUUCCAAUUUGUGCUCCACCUACUUGCCGCUGUAACCGCUGGUCUACACAUGCUAUCACUCGUGACAGUUGCUGCAGUACCAGAGCAUCGUUGUUACGUAGAAGCAUUAGAUUCGGCUUCCGCAACUUCCAAUGGGACAAUCCUGCCAUCCUUUAGUCAACUGACAAGCUACAUCCCUCUCAACGCAGAUGGAGAACUUGAGUCAUGCCUGAUGUAUGAUCCACUCAAAACAGACAACAGUACGAUCAUUUCAUGCAGCUCGUACGUGUAUAACAACACCUACUACCAGUCAUCGCGAACUAUGGAAUGGAACCUGGUAUGUGACAAGCGUUGGAUGGGAGCCCUCGGACAAACGAUCUACAUGUUGGGCGUGUUCACCGGUGCCGUAUGGUUGGGCGGAUUGGCUGAUAAGAUUGGUCGCAAGAAAGUGUUCUGCUGGUCGGCACUAAUGCAACUGAUACUCGGAGUAGCGGUCGCCUUCACACCAGAGUAUAUCUCAUUCCUGGUGCUGCGUUACCUGUAUGGCAUAUUUGGCAGUGCCGGAAGUUAUAUUACAGGAUUCGUCUUGACGAUGGAACUGGUGGGACCGAGUAAACGGACACCAUGCGGUAUCUCCUUCCAGGGAGCGUUUGCUGGUGGUAUUAUGCUGGUUGCCGCUUGGGGCGCUUUGAUCCCUGACCGGAUGAUCUUGCAAGUUGUGUAUGGCUUGCAUGGUUUACUGCUUGUAGCACACUGGUGGAUCAUGGAUGAAUCACCUCGUUGGCUGUGGAUGCAAGGCCGGAAACGAGAGGCGGUAAUUAUCGUGGACCGAGCCGUUCGGAUGAAUGGCCGUGGUAUGAACGUCGAUAAGGAGUACUACCUGGUAGAGGACAAAACUGCAUACUCCGAGGACUCAGGAACUACCUCCGCCGGUCUCGGUGAUCUAUUUAAAACGCCCAACCUGCGUAAAAUGACUCUGAACGUGUGUCUGUGCUGGUUUGCAAAUUCAAUCACAUAUUAUGGUCUCUCGCUGAGUGCUGGAAAGCUGAGUGGAAAUCCGUUCCUGAUUCUGUUCCUGAUGGGUCUGGUAGAGUUCCCAAGCUACAUAUCAAUCAGCUACUUGCUCGACAAGCUCGGUCGGCGCUCGAUCACCAGCUCGCUCAUGAUUGUCGGUGGUAUUUGUUGCAUCGUAGCUGCGUAUCUAACAAGAGGCAGCACCGAAUCGACGACGAUAGUUAUGUUUGGAAAGCUAUUCAUUGCUGGCUCGUUUGCCGUCAUAUAUAACUACUCUGCCGAGUUGUUUCCGACCGUUGUUCGGAACUCUGCUAUGGGUCUUGGAUCGAUGUGUGCUCGUUUGGCCGGUGCACUCACGCCUAUGAUCACACUGCUCGAUUCGUUCGAUCCCAAGAUCCCGGCCGUGAUCUUUGGGGUGAUAUCGUUGGUUUCCGGUACCUGGGUUCUAUUUCUGCCUGAAACCAUGGGCAAACCAAUGCCACAAAGUUUGAUGGACGGAGAAAACUUUGGCCGUGGAGAUACCGCUUUUUCAAGUUGUAUGGGACGUAAUAAAACGCAUACAGAAGACUUUCCACCUCCACAGCAAAUGGUACCUCUUAGGAAAAACAGUCGAUAA